ACAAUAUAGGAACUCCGUCUCAUUUUUAGUCAUUUGACAGUGUUCGAAGUUCGAGGUGUCCCACGGUUUCGCUCUGUGUCUGUGACUAAUAGUUUUAAUCAGUUGCCAGCCAACCAACAAUUCGUCAAUAUUAUCAUUCCAUUCCGUUUACAAUAGGAUACUAGAAUCGGGGAUCGGGGCAGCGAAAUAAUGAGGAGCCUGUUGUUAAUCGCGCUCUGCGCGAUUAUUUCAUUAUGCAGGGCGAGGGUCAUUAUUACUGCAGGAGAAGCGACGAAUGUCCACCUUUUGGGAGAAGAGGAAUGCACCUGGGGACCUUCUUACUGGUGCGAGAACAUCAAAACUGCAGCAGGAUGCAACGCGACGAAGCACUGCAUCAAGAAGGUCUGGUCGAGUAUGACCGUGCCAGAAGAUACUGAUAGUGUCUGUGACGUCUGUAAAGACAUGGUCCAACAAGCUAGAGAUCAAUUGGAAAGCAAUGAAACGCAAACAGAUUUGAAAAACGUGUUCGAGGGAAGCUGUAAAUUGAUUCAUGUCAAACCAAUAGUGAAGGAGUGUAUCAAGAUCGUGGAUCAGUAUAUUCCCGACUUGGUCGAGACACUGGCAUCACAAAUGAAUCCUUCUGUAGUUUGCUCAGUUGCUGGUCUUUGCAACUCCAAGAAAAUCGACAGAUUAUUAGAGGAAUACGAAAGCAAAGGAGGAAAGAUCGAAGAUUUGAAGACUCGCUCGUUGCAAAAGGACGAGUUAGAACCCAACGAGUGCUCUAAAUGCUACGUUAUAGCAACGCACAUGGAACACAAGUUCGCGAGCACUCCUAAAGAGAAAGUGUUACAGCAAAUGCUGAAUGUUUGCGGUGAAUUAGGUACUUUCAGCGAUGCCUGCACGGCCCACGUUUUGACGUAUUUCAAUACUAUCUACGAGCAUUUGAAGACAGACUUUCAUGCCAAGGAAAUCUGCCAUUUGUCUGGCCAGUGUAGCAGUGAAUAUCACAAACACGAAGAUGACAGUGGAGAACAGACCCUGAAAGUAGACAUCAGGCCACUGUCUACAGUGGGAAUCGUCGAUCUCGACGAUGAUCUCCCCUGCAAAUUAUGUGAGCAACUGGUCGGCCAUUUGAGGGACUUGUUAGUCGCAAAUACAACCGAGUCAGAAUUCGAACAGGUGUUAAAAGGAAUUUGCAAACAGACCAAAUCGUUUUCAGCGGAAUGUACUGGUAUAGUCGACGAGUACUACAGAGAAAUGUACGAAUACUUGACGAAAUCUCUCGAUGUCAAUUUUGUUUGCCAAAUGAGUGGAAUUUGCCCAGGGCAAGGAAACAAAUUACAGAGUGCACCGACUGCACCUUUGUUACCUGCGAAUUUGGCUCAGAGCGCAGAGAAAGUUUUCAAAAAUGAUAAUCACGAGAAGCAGUUGAGCAAUUCGGAAGUUGAAGCGAUGCAAUUACCGAUCGAGAGACUCGUUCCAUUCCCGCUCUCCGAGGGUGGAUUGAACGUCGAAGGCACCGAAGUCUGUGCUUUGUGCGAAUAUGUGUUGCACUACGUACAAAACCAGAUCACGGAUCCCACUAACGAGGAAAAAGUGAAAGAGGCGUUGGACGGAGUGUGUCAGAAAUUGCCGCAGUCCAUUGUAGGUCAGUGCACCGAAUUUAUAGACACUUACGGUGACGCGGUCGUAGCUAUAUUGGCCCAGGAAAUCGAUCCAUCUCAGGCUUGCCCUAUGCUUCAUUUGUGUCCAAGCGAUAGGUUGAUGGAAUUAUGGAAGAAAGUACCCCAAAAAUACUUGGUGGAAGAGAAGCAACAUAAACCUAGCUGCCCGCUGUGUUUAUUAGCCGUUACCCAAAUAUACGAUGUUAUAAAGAAUAACAAGACCGAGGCUAACAUCGAGACGCAGUUGGACAAGUUGUGCCUUCACCUGCCCAACUCCCUCGUCGAAGAGUGUAAAGAUUUAGUUAAGGGCUACAGCAAGGAACUAAUCGAACUGUUAUUAGCCGAUGCGACACCACAGGAAGUUUGUGUUUUCAUCAAAUUAUGUGACGGGCAAGACCACGAGGAGUUCGGGGAAUUUCUCACUAAGAAUGGCGAGAUAAUUACCAAUGAGAUACCAAACUUCCCGUUGACGAAACUGACGACAGAGCACGAUGAACCUAAGUACUGUAUGAUUUGUGAGUACGCGAUGCAUUUCAUUGACAUGGAAUUAGGAAGCGAGUGGAACAAGAAGGAAAUAGAGCACGCGGUUCACGGAGUCUGCAGACAUUUCCCCGACUCCAUUACGAAGAAAUGCGACAAGUUCAUAGUCAAAUUCGCGGAUGUCGUGAUAGACAUCAUUACGAAGGGUACUAGUCCAAAGGAAGUAUGCAAGGCGAUGGGAUUGUGCUCUGAGGAAAUUGAAGCUUCGUCCGAACUUGCUGAUACUCUGUUACCUGGACACAGCUCAGCAGAGACCUACGGCGACGCGCCCUGUGAGAUUUGCGCCUACGUGAUGCGCUACGUUGAUAAAGAAUUGGGCAACAACAGGCAGAGAGAGAAGAUAGAACACGUGAUUCGCGAAGUCUGUCACCUUAUUCCUGAGCCUGGUUCAAGGAAGAAGUGCAACGACUUCGUCACUAAAUACGCAGAUAUCAUUAUAGACAUGCUUACCAAGGAAGUCAGUCCCAAGCAGGUCUGCGCCAUGCUGGGACUGUGUAAUUCUUACGUCGAUGAAAUGAAAGAUUCAGUGACAGAAUGCGCGGUCUGUAAAUCGAUCAUGUCAGUGAUGACUGACUUGUUAGACGACGCUGACGUUCCUGAGAGUCUCAAACACGCUCUUACCGAAGUUUGCCAUCGUGUGCCUGAUGAUCAACAGAACAUGUGUAUAUCUUUAAUCAACUCCUAUGGACAAAGUAUAAUGCAUAUUGUCAAGAGCAAAAAAGAUCUGAAGGAAGUAUGCUUAAAAAUAGGGGUUUGCCCUGAAGAUUAUUCGAUGAUCGAUUUUUUGGAGAACUCGAGAAUCAAGAGGUCUUACGAAAAGAACAGAAUAAAACAUUGCACUUGGGGUCCGGUCUACUGGUGUUCCACUAAUGAAACUGCCAGGGAGUGCAAAGCUGAGGAACAUUGCAAGGAACACGUUUGGAAAGCAGACUAUGCUCCUCUGAAGCAACUCACCCUGAGUGAACCUGAACCUAACGUUUAGAUUUUCAUAAACAAUAAGGAAACCAAAAAACGGAAGUUCAAGUAAAAAAAUUAAUGGUAAUUUGGAAAAUAAAUUGAGUUAAAAAAUAGAGUUCCAUCUUCUUUUUGUACUUAAGUCUUCUCCUUUAAAUUUAUUCUAAAAUAAUAUCUACAAGUAAUAUAAUCUAUACGUGUAAAAUAUUCUAUAUGUUAUAAAUAAAUUGUUUAAAUAUAAGGUUUCACGCAAUAUUGUAUCUUUUCUACGUUUAAGUACUACAAUGAUGCGUUGUAGUAAUACAUAGUCGAACAUGACGUAAUCGCAGUGUGUAAAAUAUUCUGUACGUUAUCAAUAAACUGUUUAAAUAUAA